AUGAAGCUUUGUCAGUCCAUCAUGGACAUGGAUAUGCCAGAUUAUGUCGACUCCUUGGACUCCUCUUAUACCAUGCUGGAAUUCGACAACCUUCGGGUGCUCCCCAAUAACACUGAGGGGUCUAAUGGUCCCAGCUCUCUGCCCACAGAGGCCAUCGCUGUUGAAUCAGCAAACACCAACCUGCUCAGCAACGGCAUCAGCUCCCUCUGCUCCAUCUGUGGGGACAGGGCCACCGGCAAACACUACGGGGCAUCCAGCUGUGACGGCUGCAAAGGCUUCUUCAGGAGGAGUGUCCGUAAGAACCACGUCUAUUCCUGCAGGUUCAGCCGACAGUGUGUGAUAGACAAAGACAAGAGGAACCAGUGCAGGUACUGCAGGCUGAAGAAGUGCUUCAGAGCUGGCAUGAAGAAAGAAGCUGUGCAGAACGAACGUGACAGGAUCAGCAUUCGCAGGAGCAGCUACGAGGACAACGGCUCGCUCUCCAUCAACGUGCUGACUCAGGCUGAGGCCAUGGCACAGCAGUACUCAUCACUCAGUCCAGUGCACAGUGCAGACAUUGCCAUGAAAAAGGUUGCAACCAUCAACGAUGUGUGUGAAUCCAUGAAACAGCAGCUUCUGGUGCUGGUUGAAUGGGCAAAAUACAUCCCAGCGUUUUGUGAGCUCCCACUUGAUGACCAGGUUGCCUUGCUCAGAGCCCAUGCAGGGGAACACCUGCUCCUCGGGGUAGCCAAGAGAUCCAUACCAUACACCGAUUUCCUUCUAUUAGGGAAUGACUUCAUCAUCCCAAUGCACUGCCCAGAACUGGAAAUCGCUCGUGUGGCCACCAGAAUCUUGGAUGAGCUGGUGAAGCCCUUGAGGGACAUCCAGAUUGAUGACAAUGAGUAUGCUUGCCUUAAAGCCAUCAUCUUCUUUGAUCCAGACUGCAAAGGCCUGAGUGAGCCCGGGAAGGUGAAGAACAUGCGCUUCCAGGUCCAGGUCAACCUCGAGGACUACAUCAACGAUCGCCAGUACGACUCCCGAGGCCGCUUCAGCGACAUCCUCCUCCUGCUGCCCCCGCUGCAGAGCAUCACCUGGCAGAUGAUAGAGCAAGUCCAGUUCAUCAAGCUCUUUGGUGUGGCCAGAAUUGACAGCUUGCUGCAGGAGAUGCUGCUGGGAGGAAGCACUAUUGAUCUGCAAUACCAGUCAGGACCUCCCAACCUCAACAUGGAACCACUGCCAGGACAUGUCCUCCCGAGCACCAUGAGCUCUGUGAUUCACCCUGCUCCAGACCCAUCUCCUGAAACAUCCCUUCCAUCUCCUUCUACAAGCACAGGCAGUGAAGACUAUAAACUAGGCUCUAGUGCAGGACCCAACGCCGUAGCACAUCUCUUGCCUCAGACAGUGAUACCAAAGCAGGAGAUUUUAUAGGGAGAGGUGGCAGGAGAAGCUGGGAGCAAUGUGAAAACCGUGCUGAAAGUGAAAACAGGCCCUUUCUCUUUGCAGAGGCAAAGCACAGCAAUCCCCUGCCUGUAGCUGGAUCUAUCAGCCACACUCUUUCCCGUCCGUGAGUCAAGCACCAGGUACCAGACUGCAGCAGGAGCCUCACCACGUGUCUUCCCACCACCAUCACCCUCAUUUCACAGCUGCUUGGGGCUAAUGCCCUAAGCAGGAGGACUGAGACUGUAAGCUCUUCGAAGCAGGGCUUCUGAUUGCACAUGUUAUCCCCCAGCUGGGUGUGAUCACAACACUCUGGCUGCUGUCUUUGUACAACCAAAGGCCUUGACACAGCUCCUGGUAAUCCUUAAUAACUACAGCAUGUAUUCAAUUGGCAGUAGGAAAAGGUCUAUUCCCACCAAACAUUUUAUUACACUCCCAUUUCUCCUGCUGCACGUUGAGCUUCAGGAUGGAUGUCCUCAUAACUCUUGGCAGCUCAAUGCCUUCUUAUUUCACACAGAUGUGUCUUGUUCCACAUAGAGCAGUUAACAUAAAGCUGGUCAGUUAUUAUUUGUGACCACAAGUGCCAACAUUUAGCUCUUUUCCAUAAUUUCCAGUAUAUCUAGAGUCCAGUUACAAGGCAGCUGAUGCAUCCUCUCCUUUGUGUGCACAUCUAACACAGCUCCAAGGUGGCAGUGAGGAUCUCCACAUCAGACCAUGGCUGCUGGGUCUGGUAAAACCCACAACUGGCAGGAACAAGAAGUUGUUGAUUCCUCAAAUCUGUUUUUACCUUCUGAAAACAUAUCUGGAACAAGCAACAGUUGUUAAAAAAAAACAGGCCAAGGCCAAAACCCCCCUUUUGCCAGUAGAGAAAAGACUUUGCUGCAGUUUUAUAUAGCUUUGUCAUGUUUGCAGCCUAAACUUCAGAGCUCUAAAUAUACAAAAAAAGGAAGAGGCAAGUCUCCUGUGAGGCAUGGAUUUUAGAACAGUGUAUUUAAACCAGAAAGUGCUUUUGUACUUAAUGUAAAACUUAAUCAGAAGGUGCCCAACGAUUCACUGUGGUACCUCUAUGUAAAGGGAUUCCAGUAGGUGACUGACUACAGAGCCUCCAGCGUCCCCAAAGCAUGGUUGCCAUGGUACAGUGUUGGUUCUGGAUAAACUGAACCUCAUCAGAGUGCUUGGACUUGCACCAAACUUCUGUCCAUCUGCAUACAAGUCCAGGGUCUUCCAUCAGCCAGGGCCUGAGGGAAGAGCUCCUGAUCCUGCCACAGCCCCUGUGCACCUGCACUGAUGGCAGAAGGCAGGUGACGUGGCCCAGCUCUGGCUUUGGGAAGCUUCUGUGAGCUCCUUGGCUGGAGGACAGCCCGAACUGCAAUUGUAUCCACCAACAAAGAAGUUGAGAAGAGCAUCGAGCCUGCCUCAAAUGGGGAAUACUUUGAGCUCAGGCUGCCUUUCUUUUGGUGGCGAGAUAUUUUAGAGUUGCCACUCUGCAGGACGAGAGAGAGACCUGAAAACCGUCGCAGCCUGGGUUGAAUUUCACCUAGGAUCACAAUGGUUUCUUUUUCUACUGUCUCUGAUGAAUUUGAUCUGACAUUAUAUGCUGAUAACUUUGAUUUGAGAGAGCUAUAUCUGGAAACCAGGUUCCACUGCAAGCAUUCCUGCUUGAGAUGCAGCUGUACUUGCCCAACAUUGCUUCCAGUUCCUCCAUGGUGUAGAAUA